UUAACACAGGUCACGAGUUGCGGACACAGGUAGAAAAUGUAAAACAGUGUGUGCUAUCAGUAUUGUGCGAACUGUCUCGAAAUAUAGCAGUCAAAUCUCAUUUAAACUGGAAAUCCUUCUCAAAAAUUGGAGUUCGACGUUGUUGGUCAAAAUUCGAGAUUAUCUGUAAAACCACCCUUUAUUUUAGUCGAAAUAUAUAAUUUUCAUACACAAAUCGUAAAAUUGUAGUUGCCAUGAUGUUCUUGUGGAAAGAAUUGUUUACGAUUAUCAUCUUAAUAUAUUCAGUAUCAUCGAAUAUUAUCGAUGAUGAUAUCAAUCUAGAAAUGUUUUCUGAUAUUUUCCAAAUGUUUGAUGGAGAAGAAAAUAUAUUAAAUGUGCAAAAUGAAAACGCAAAUAUAUUAAUUGAGCAAGUUGAAAAAGAAAAUAUAUUAAUAAAUAAGCAAGACGAUUUUGACAUUGUAUCGACAUUGCGUAAUAACUUUACAAGUUUUUUGCAUACGAGUGUUUUAUCAGCAAAUCCCGACAAGAACGUGAUAGUUUGUUCUUUAAAUAUAUAUACAAUGUUGUCUUUACUUUCUACUGUAGCGGAUAAAAAUACAGGAAAUAAUUUAAAAUCUAUUCUUAAUAUUAAUAGUGAAAUAAUGAGAUUUGAUGAUUUUUUAUAUGAGGAGCUGCGCAAUCAUUUACAUAAAAUGAGAGACGAAAUUCAGAGUAAAAAUGCAGUAUAUAUUCAUUAUCGUACAAUUCCAGAUACAAAUUUUGCAUUAAUUUGCAAACGUGACUUUAAAUGUUAUAUUACAAUAACAGAUUUCAGCAGUGUACGUGCUAUUGAAACUAUUAAUUCAUUGAUUUGGAAUGCAAUGAAGAUGUCAAACGUAAUUUCUCCAGAACAUAUCGAUCAAGAUACAAAAUUUUUGUUGGUAAAUACUAUGCGCUUUAAAAGCAGUUGGUUACGACCAUUUAACGAAAUAAAUAAUUGGCAAGGGAAAUUUCAUGUUUCAAAAACGGAAAAAUAUUUGGUCCCGCUAAUGUUACAAAAUGCAACAUAUAAUUAUGGAACUAUAUCAUCUUGGCGUUCCAGAUUCAUCGAAAUUCCAUACUUGAAUUCAGAUCUGGCAAUGAUAAUAUUAUUACCGAAUAAACGCAUAAAUUUACAGACUCUGGAAAACAAUUUUAAAUGGCAAACAUUAAGAGAUAGUAAAAGAUAUAAUAAGUCUUUGACAUUAGCUCUACCUAAAUUUAAGGUCGCAACUACUGUAGAUUUAAAAGAUAUUUUACGUAAAAUUGGCGUGAACAUUGAUUGUGGACACGAAUGUGAAGCAGAAUUAAAUUCUGUGAAUAUAUUACAACAUAUUGUCAUAGAAGUUAACGAGAGAGGUUCACAUAGUGAUCAAGAAACUGCUUAUGAAGAAGAUAUCUAUGAUUAUAAUAAAUUGUUCUCGAAAGAUAAAGACCAGUUUUAUGUAUGUCGUCCAUUUAUGUUUGUUGUCGAAUACAAACCUUUACGAGUGCCACUGUUCUUAGGAAGCAUACGGAACUUAAAAGAUAUAACAUACUCUAUUCUAAUAGAGAAUUAAUUAUAAAUUUUAUUAUAUUCUUAAAUUUGUUAAAAAUUAACAUUACAUGCGUUUAAAUUUCAAUAUAAGUUUAGGUGUAAGUAUAUCGUAACAUUUUUGUGAUUUUAUCACACUAUAUGUAUGGGGAAAUUUGAGUUUAAAAAUAAUUUAUAAUUUGGCAGAUGUCUUUAUGUGAGUAUAUUUGUUUAUUACAUAUUAAAGAUGUUCUAUUAUAAAUAUGCAAUAUUUAACCGAAUGCAUAUGCAUAAUACAGUGUAAAACAAACAAAUAUAUUUAAUAUAAAUGAUAUUAUAUAUCUGCGUUCUUUAUAUCAGAUAUUAAAUAAUGAUUAAUCUCUCUGUGAAUAUACUAUAUGUGAUUAUAUAAUCAUACAAAUCUGCGAUAUUUAAUUAACUAUGUUUAUAUCAAUAUAUAUAUUUAUUGUGAGAA